AGCCUUACUAUUGUUAUUUAUUUAACAUCCUCUGACAAUCUAAAGUCAGCACCAUUCUUGUUGAUGACAGAGUUCCAUAUGGAGAGCUGGGAUUUGCAAUCAGUAAUUAGUGGAUACAGUGAUGAUGCCUUCAUCUCUUCCAUGGAAAUCCCACCAUCUGUUUUUCAACCUUUGCGUGUUCAACAAGAGAAUCUUUUAAAUUUUUCUGAAGCUUUUGAAACAAGCACAGGAGUCUUAGCCGAGCUAGAGGAUCUUUACAGGCCUUUCGAUCUUCAGUUGAAUCCUCUUUCAUCAACACAGACUGUCAUUACCAGUUCCCUUCCUGUUCCACAAGAUGUGGAAGAGCCUGAGAAGCUGGAAAGUCAACAAACUCUUUAUCAAUCUACUAUUGUAGCCAAACCAAGAAAAAGGAAGAAUCAGCAGAAUAGAGUGGUACAACAUGUACCAGCUGAUGGUCUUUCAUCUGAUAUAUGGGCCUGGCGUAAAUAUGGACAGAAACCUAUUAAGGGAUCUCCUUAUCCCAGGAGCUAUUACAGGUGCAGCAGCUCAAAAGGAUGCUUGGCAAGAAAACAAGUAGAACGAUGCUAUUGGGAUCCUCAAAUAUUUAUCAUUACCUACACUGCUGAGCACAGUCAUGACCAGCCAACUCGCCGGAGUGUUCUAGCUGGAACUACUCGGAGCUCUCAGGCUGGAACUACCCGGGGCAAGCCUUCUGCACCUAAAUAUCCUGCUUUCAUGGAACCCCAUUUGCCAGCAGAUUCUGUUUUUUCAGCAACAACCACUUUGGUGACACCAACUGAAGAUGAUCAGUUACUGAAACAGGACAGCAUAAAGAGGGAGGAAGCACAAAUGCUUGAAGAUUUUGAAGGAGACAAGAUUUUCUCACCAGAUAUAACAUUGAGUGAUGAAUUUUUUCAAAGCUUGGAGGAUUUGGAAGGUCUUUUGGUAGGCCAUGCCAAUUUCCUGUCUAGCAAUUGAAAUGCAGAAGUUGAACACAAGAAACCGUGUUUCUUUUUUUCUUUUUUUUUUUCCUCUUCCAUCAGCAGUUUGCAUUAUAAAAUGAACUUGUAGUUAAGCUUGUUAUCUUCUGUUGAAUACAAUAUAAUUAUUUUGCUUUG